AUGGGGAACAUAACUUGUGUUCCUCAGGCACCUGGGAGGCUCAGAGGCUCUUUCAGAAGGAAGCCUUCGCUGAAGAAAGAACAAAAUGGCAAGAAAAAACUGCCCAGCUUUUUUGGUAUGGAAGGAGGGCCGGAGAGAGAUACAACCACAGACAAAAUCCUGCAGUAUAUUCCAGGAAAGAAUAUUCAGAACCAGGAAAACCAGAAAGAAAACUUGGACCAGAGGUUCCCCAGCCUGUUCAAGAAGGGACGAAGGAAAACGGUUGUCAGGAAUCUGGGCAAAAUGAUCUAUUACUCCAAGGUCAAGUUUAAGUUCCAGCACUGCCAGGAGGUGAAUGACUGCUUCUUGGAGCUGUUCCAGUCUUACCUGUACUUCCAGUCUGCGGGCUCCAACGGACUCACCUACCAGGGACUGCUGCCUUUAAAAGAGCUGAAUGUGUGUGAAAUUGAGAAUGGGAAGAGCGCUGGGCAGGAGGAUCAUGCUUUCCGCAUUGCAGGUCCUCUGCUGAAUCCCCUUAUCGUGUUCUGCCCUACUGAGUCAGAGCUGAAGCAGUGGCUUUAUCACUUGGAGAAACAGAUCCAGCUAAAUGGAGGAAGCCUUGGCUUGCCCUUCCUCUCUCAGAACGACUGGAAGCAGAGCUCCAUUGGGAAGGAGGAGCUGCGGUGGUCUGUGCAGAACAUGCCUGUCCAGGAGUGGAGAGGGACCCAGCGGGAAUCCCUAGGCGAUGUCCUCUGUGUUUCCAAAGUGAAGCUUCAGCAUCUGCCUUUCCAGGAGCAGCAUGACCGGCUGUUGGUGCUUUACCCGUCUACACUGGUGAUAGUAUCUGAAGAGCGCAACAGCCUCUGUUUUAAGGGCGAGCUGCCACUCAACGCCAUCCAAGUGCUUUUUGAAGAGAAUGAGAAAACCUCCUUUUUAAUAGAAGGCCGACUAAUCAAUUCGAUCCGGGUGAUCUGCCGCAGCUAUGAUGAUUACCAGGAGUGGCUUUACUGUCUCAAAACAGCCCAGUUUCGAAAUGCCGACUCCUCCCUCUCCGGAUCAGAGAGUUUCUCGGGAUCAAAGCUGCCACACCCCGGCCAGUUUGCCGGCAGCGGGAGAGGGUCGCUCACUUCUGAUGGCCGUACAAACUCCUGGGCGUCGGGAGGGAGAGUGGCCACCUUGACACACCUCUCCCAGAACAGCGGCUCUCUCCCCGAUGGACAGUCCUUCGUGCUGAUGCCUGAGAGCAAGGUGCUUGAAGACCCCGUCUCCCCUGGCUAUUCCCAGCCUCUCCAUUGCCUGGCACAGGCCAACUGGCCUAGCACGGGGCUGCCCGCGCAGGACCUGCGGAGGGGCGGCAGCACCAGAAAGUCCAAGGGCAAAUGUGGGCCUUGCGGCCAGCAGCUGCCCAGCCAGGACACGGAGAGGACCAUCUGCAGCCUCAUUCCCGAAAACCCCAACGGCGAGCUCCUGUCCUCAGUGUACAACGAGCCGUACUCCGCGCACAGCUCGCAGCAUCACCCUGCAGCUCCCCUGCCACACCUGGACCUGAGCAAUUUCCUGCAGUGUCACGGACAGACGGGUUCAGCACAGGCGAACGGAUGCCCAGCCGUCCCGGUACCCCAGCAUCUCUCUCUGCAGAAGAGGAACUGCCAGCCCCUGCCCAGCAGUCACUGCAGAGAGGUGCCUGCAGCUCCGAGUUACAGCACCCCCGGCACCUCAUGCCGUCUCCAGCUGCGGCCUCCUGCUGAUGCUUCUUAUCUUGAAGAGAUCUCUGCUCUGCGAGAGGAACAUCUGGGCCCUUCAUUGCAGCCACCAGACAGGAAUGUCGGCACUUACGACCUGCCAGAGGCCAGUUGCCCGCACCGUGACUCUGCAGCCUACCAUGACUAUGCCGAGCUCCAGAGCUUCCAGAGCGACUUCAGCUAUGACAACCUGUGGGAAGCAGAGGCGAAGGAGCCGGGCACCCCGCAUGCCUCCCCAGCACCCGGCCAGCAGUUUUACCAGGCCUGA